UUCCAUGAACUUUGACCUUUAACUAACCUUCAUUGGUGUACAUGUGUGAAAACAGGAGCCGCACACUGUCUCGGGGACCCUGUGUCAUAUUAUAAAAUGGCUAAAUAUCUCGCCCAGAUCAUUGUGAUGGGAGCACAGGUGGUGGGACGUGCAUUUGCUCGUGCUUUACAGCAAGAAUUUGCAGCCAGUCAAGCAGCAGCGCAGGCCAGGAGCAGUGCAGGUCAGCACUCUGCUGCAGCCUCCAGCAUCACCGGGAUGAGCCUGCAAGCGCAGCAAAUCCUCAACAUCUCCACACUCACCCCUGAGGAGAUUCAGAAGAACUACGAGCAUCUUUUUAAAGUCAACGACAAGGCAGUGGGCGGUUCAUUUUACGUACAAUCAAAAGUGGUGCGGGCUAAAGAGCGUCUAGAUGAGGAACUAAGUAUUCAGACACAAGACAAGCAGCAGAAAACGGAAACAUGAAGUAUGAAAUUAUGGUCGCCCUUUCUUUCCUCUCCCCAUCCUCUGUAAAUUAUAACCCAAUAAAAGCC